AUGGGAACUACUGAAGAAGCUGCAUCGGCGAUUGAGAUGCUGAAUGGCACAAAAAUUGAUGGAAAAAUCUUAAAUGUUUCUUUCGCUAGACGACAACCCCAACAACGUUUUAAUAAUCCAAGGCGAAACAAUCCACGGAGAAUUUCACCAAAUCGCGACCAUGGUUCUGAUCGUAGAGCUAAAGAGACAUUCGCUCCAGAAAAUUUAGCAGCAAGCGAUAACUUCGACAAUUAUUUGUCUUCUAAGAACGAUGAGCAACCAAAGGAGCAAAUGCCAAAGAGAUCUCAUUUGAAUGACAAUCGAAAUUCGCGAAUUUAUAUUCGUGGAACGAAUCUCGACGUUGAUUCUUUGAGAAGCGCUUUCUUUAAAUUCGGCUUGAUCAACAAAAUUUUUGUUGAAGAAAGCAAAAAUUCUGCUUUUAUUACUUUUUCUGCGAUCGAAGAAGCCGAAGAAGCUAUUAAAGAGAUGGAUAAUGGGCUUAUUAACGACUCUAUUAUCAAAGUUAUGUUUGCUCGAAAGCGAAGUGCAUUUAACGAAGAAAAUGGUAUUUCACAUGAAAGAAGCUCUCACAACAGUUCUGAUGAUAGCAAGCGAAUGCAUACUCGUAUCUCUGAUCCUAGUAUUUCUUUGUACAUUCGUGGAGAGACGCUAACUGAUGGCUUAUUGCGAGAUGAAUUCUCAAAAUUCGGCACAAUUUCACGCAUUAAAAUCGAUGAAAAUAAAAGGACAGCUUUCUUAACUUUUCCCAUUAAAGAUGAUGCGGAAAGUGCUAUGCAAGAGAUGAAUGGAAAGACAGUGAAUGGAGCUCCCUUAUAUGUGGCGCUUGCUCGUCGACAGAGUGAUCGAUCCAAAAAUAACCCAGGAGAAAGCGCAUCUAUUGUUAGAAACUUUGCAGACGAUGAAUGUAAUAAUGAAAGUGUAUGGUCAGAUGUUCAGAAAUCUAUGUCAAGCGAUUUCGAAACACAAGAAACCAUGUCAAUUCAAAAACAUACAUCUGCUGUUCAGGAAGAGUGGACCAUAGCUACGAGAGCCAAACAGGAUGGCGAAAAAGCAAGACAAGGAAAUCAAGAGAGAGAACUCGUUACUUAUGACGAUGAUGAUCCAUUUGCUUGA